GCAACAAAAUUGCAUGUUAGAAUUCUUCAGAAAUUUUAAAAAAUAUUGGAGAUGGCGACGGGAGAAGGUCAAGUUUUAAUGUCUGUUGAGGCAGAGGCGUAUAUAGAUGCAUUGGAACCAUUUGAUGUGAAAGAUAUCGGUAGUCAGAAAUGGAGCAUGCACCAUGAAUACAUAGAGAAACUCAAUAUGCAAGCUGUAAUGAAUGCAUCAGCACAGGAAGAUGAAUUUGUCAAAGAAUUUUUCAUCACUGCUGGAAAGAUCCCUGUUUUAAUCCAUGAAGUCAUUGCAACAGAGAUAUGGAAGCAGAAAGUUUUUCCAGAGUUGAUAGAGAUGAACUUUGACCCUAAAAUUUCCUUUCCUAUAUACAUGGUUCUUUACCACGAAGCAACCAUCAUCAAUUUACUGGAGACAAUUAUGUACCACAAAGAUGCAUGCGAAUCGGCAGAAGAAAGCAUCUUAGAUUUAUUAGACUACUGUUAUAGAAAACUCACCGCACUCAUUGCUAAAUCAGAAGAGUCAGAUGAAGAUGAUGAUGAUGACGAAGAAGUAGAUGCACUAUCAGCUGCUAACAGCUCACCCUCUUCCUCAGCAACCAUUGGGGAACUUCAGAAACAGAACAAAACACUGGACUUUGAUAUCUGUAUAAAGUCCGUGUCUGUGCUUAGAUAUAUCAUAGACAAUCUCUCCAGCCUACCUCUAAGUGUGAUGCAGAGGUUGCUGAAUACACACGAUGUCCCCAUCUUGUUAGUGCAGCUAGUAGAGAACCCUCCAUGGACCAAAAGGAAACAUGGAAAAUUAAAGAAAUAUGUAGAUAACAAAUGGCAGGAAGUAUCAUAUGGUGAUAGCCUAAAGUUGACAAAAAUCGAAGGACAGAUGUGGAUUGCCUUGUUCCAACUGUUGAUGAAUCAAGACUGUCAACAGAAGUAUGACCUCAGCAGCUAUAGAAAGAAUGUCAUUAUUAAGCUAAGGUCCUACUUGACAGAGGUAGUGCUGGACCAAAUGCCAGUCUUAUCUGAGCUGCAGCGCUUCCUGGAACAUCUGUCUAUGAUGGACCCUCCCCCUGCUAAAAAAGACCUGGUGCUGGAACAGAUACCAGAGAUCAGAGAAAAGAUUUUGACACAGUACGAGGGAAAAUGGAAGAAAUUAGCCAAGAAACAGUCCCAAACAUACUUUAACCCAAGCAAAGCCAGCUUGAGAGACCAAGCAAAAAGAUGGGUGGAUACAUACAAUUUUGAUGUCUUAGAAAGCCUGAUCACAGAGCCGCCUAAGUGUGCUGUGUGUGGCGCUGAUGCUGCUAAGAGAUGUUCCCGGUGUCAGAAUGAGUGGUACUGUAGGAGAGAGUGUCAGGUUGGCCACUGGAAGAAACACAAGGCAGCAUGUGACCUUUUGUACGAUUCUCUCCAAAAACUCAAGGAAACAGAAGGUUCAGGAAAGGAACAAACAAGCUAGCAUAUUUGAGAAAAGGGGGGGGAGUGUAUCACUGGUAACACGAAAACAGGUCAUGUGACUAAGGGCAUGUGACCAAAAUCAUGUGAUCUGUAUCAUGUGAAAAAUGCUCAGUGGGAGUUUGAUAAUGUCAUUUAACUGUAUUGACUAAUCAAAGAGAAAAGGACAUAGAAUGAAAAUAUGGGAUUGGAUAGCAAACAUUGAAGAUGUGUUUAACAACGCAAUUUUGUAGAUUAUCUUGAAUCUUACCAGCAUCAUUCUGUUAGUAAACUAAGCUUGUAUGAAAUAGUGGUGUAGUUCUGAAAUUUGUACUUAAAUUGUAAGUUCAUGUUUGAUCAUUACCAUAGUUCAGUUAUUUUAACAAGUCAUCAAACAUUUCUCAAUAAUUGUGAUUUUAAUGUGUUAGCACAAUGAUAGAUAUAUUUUUCUGUUGACUGUCUGUAUAUUUGUCAGCUUUGCUGGCUAUGUAGGAUACCUCAAUCUCCAAUUGGUAUCUUGCUUAGAGUGAAACCUAGUAGGUACCUUAAUGUGAAAUCCAGAUUUUAAGCACUAGUUGAAUGUUAUUUUUGUGUUAUUUUCACCAGUGUGACAUUCUAGAUGUAGCUAAGUAUGCUUUAUACUUAACUUAACCAAUCUCCAAUCUCCUUUUUUUUUAAAACUUAAAUGAAGUAUUUUCUCUAGGAAUUUUGCCUUUUUUAAAUAAAAAAUCUAACUCACCAAUUGGAAAGCGCAAUGUGAUUUUUUUUUCUGUCUCAAAAGAAAAUCCAAAGCAUCUUUGUGUGCUGGAACACGGUGAACGUGCUUAUAGUUAAUUAAUAGCCUGGUGCUUUUCUGAUCAUCGAUAAAGUGAGACCAUGACAGACUGAUGGAAAGGUGGACAGGUGGAUGGGUGAAUGGACAAAGAUAAGGGUCAGGGCCCAGUUUCAUAAAGGACGUUUAGCACUAACCAGUGUU